AUGUCAACCAAAUUGCGUGAAGAUAUUCGAGAAGUUAUUAUGAAAUAUGUUGAUGGUACAAUUAAUGUCGAGCGAUGUAUUGAUAGAAUCAUUGACUGUCGACAACAAUUAGAAACAAGACCUCGAAGUGUUACAUUUGGUGGCCAAACAACAACAAGUAGAAUGACAAAUGCCUAUCGCCCAGGAAAUAUUUUUGAUACGAAAGUACCACUAGCUACAAGUGAACGACGAGCGAGUUUCGAUCCACAAAAUAAAAACUCAGUGAGUUGUCCAACCGAUGGUAUUGAUUAA